CUUAGCUUUGAUAUUAGCAUGGUUAGUUGUUUGGACCAGUGUUAUUCAAGGUCUUUCCCUGAAUGUAGGAGAGUUGAGGAUGUAUUGGUAACCACUCUCUGCUCUUCUUCUGCCUGCUCUCUUUUAGGUCUUCCAGUGAUCGUAGGAAUGAGCAUCAACAUCGCCAGCAUCGACUCGAUAUCCGAAGUCAACAUGGACUACACCAUCACCAUGUAUUUCCAGCAGAGCUGGCGGGACAAGCGGCUGGCGUACAACGAGAUGAGCCUGAACCUGACGCUGGACAACCGCGUGGCCGACCAGCUCUGGCUGCCCGACACCUACUUCCUGAACGACAAGAAGUCCUUCCUGCACGGCGUCACCGUUAAGAACCGCAUGAUCCGCCUGCACCCGGACGGAACCGUGCUGUACGGGCUGAGGAUCACCACCACGGCCGCCUGUAUGAUGGACCUGCGGCGGUACCCGCUGGACGAGCAGAACUGCACCCUGGAGAUCGAGAGCUACGGCUACACCACGGACGACAUCGUGUUCUUCUGGCAGGGCGGGGACAGCGCGGUGACCGGCGUGGACAAGCUGGAGCUGCCCCAGUUCUCCAUCGUGGCACUGCGGCUGGUGUCCAGGGAGGUGCGCUUCACCACAGGCUCCUACCCCCGCCUGUCGCUCAGCUUCAGGAUCAAGAGGAACAUCGGAUACUUCAUCCUGCAGACGUACAUGCCCUCCAUCCUGAUCACCAUCCUGUCCUGGGUCUCCUUCUGGAUCAACUACGACGCUUCGGCCGCCCGCGUGGCCCUGGGCGUAACCACGGUGCUCACCAUGACGACCAUCAACACCCACCUGCGGGAGACGCUCCCCAAGAUCCCGUACGUGAAGGCCAUCGACGUCUACCUCAUGGGCUGCUUCGUCUUCGUGUUCCUGGCGCUGUUGGAGUACGCCUUCGUCAACUACGUCUUCUUCGGUCGCGGGCCGCAGCAGCAGAAGAAGAUCAACGAGAGAAUCAACAAGGUCAACAACGAGCGCCCGCGAUACGAGGAGAAGAGACUACGAGAACAGGACUCCAUUUCUGCGCCGUAUCAAACCAACACCUUCAGGUCAUUUACACAGCGGAGAAAUCUCUAUCUCGAGGAGCAAAGAAAAGUCGGGGUGGACGCCUACGGUAACAUCCUGCUCACCACGCUGGAGAUGAACAACGAGGUGAUGCCGUCGGACGGCGGCGGCGGCAGCGUCAGCGACUCGCUCAACUCGGUCAUGUCCUUCGACAGCUCCAGCGUCCAGUUCAGGAAGCCCAUGACGCAGCGCGACGGCUUCGGCCACCACUCGCUGGACCGCGGCGCCAUGCGAAGCCGCGCCAACUGCCGGCUGCGGCGGCGCUCGUCCAAGCUCAAGCUGAAGAUCCCCAACCUGGCGGACGUCAGCACCAUCGACAAGUGGUCGCGCGUCAUCUUCCCCAUCACCUUCGGCUUCUUCAACCUCAUCUACUGGCUGUACUACGUGAACUGAGGCGCACCCCCAUAGGAAUAAUGGGCCAUAUUUUGAGAGCUCGUUGAUUUGGCUUUGAUACAGUUCCCCCCUGCUGAAUAUGUAUACACAUAUACAAGUUGAACAUAUGUAUAUGCAUAUUUCUAUAUAUUAUAUUUAUAUAUACACACAUGUGAAUUCGAAGGACCUUUCUGCUGUACAAAGUGUUCAUCGGAUGACGUGAAUGUUUCUGAAGAAUCGCGCCGGAAGAGUUACAACACUUGGGAGUUUUUCUUUUCCUUCUGUUUUACCGUUUUUUCCCGCUCCGGCAAAAGGCCGGGUCGACCUUGGACCGGCGGUGGGGCCGUCGGAGCUUAAGACUGCAUGAUAUUUUUGCUAAAUAACAAACAAAACAACAGGAAGUGGAACUCUGCGGGGCGAGAGUGCGGAGAAGACGCCGAUCGGCUUUUUAUUGAUCCUCUCCUGGGCCGUCAUCAGACCGCCGUCUGACCAGCGGCCGCGCCACUCGGCCGUGACGUCAUCGCGACAUGCACGUGUGCCCACACACACACACACACACACACACACACACACACACACACACACACACACACAGACAUGCAUCGCCCAUGGACAUCAUGCACGGGACUGGCUAUUGGUUAUGCCUCGUUUAGAGGAAGUGAUGUCGCUCUCUUUGUCGGACAUCGACGGUCUGUGUUAGAAAAAAAAAAGUUUUUUAUUUAAUUUUUUUCGAGCCCCUGAAUUUGUGUCAAACUUCUGUCCGUUAUGUCUGUUACCACAUUUUUUUAUUUGUUUUGAGGAGGUUGAGGAGGUGUGUGUGUGUGUGUGUGUGUGUGUGUGUGUGUGUGUGUGUGUGUGUGUGUGUGUGUGUGUGUGUGUGUGUGUGUGUGUGUGUGUUUGUGUGUGUGUGUGUGCGUGUGUGUGGAUAUUUUCCGUUACGGUAAAAAAAAAAAAAGAGAAAUGAGAUGCGGAUCAUUGUAGAUAUGAUUUCGUUUUCUGAGAGAUACUGUGAUAUUUGGG